GCGGCCCGCUCGCUUCCAACGGGCCGGCCAGGAAGUCAGCAGCGCGCCGGGCCCCGGGCCGGAGUCGCCCGCGCCGUCCCUCCCGGCGCCUCACGCAGGAGCUGCCUUUCAGAUGGGUACGGAGUGAAGGCGGGCGGCGGGGCCAAGGCAGCGCCGGGCCCUCGGUCAUCGCACCGCCCGGGCCCGCGGGCCGCUGGGAGAGCGCGGGCGCGCACGCCACGCCCACCGCGCGUCCUACCGGGCCACGUGACCACGCACUCACGUGUUCCGGCUUUUGGCGCCGCGGUCGGACCCUCUUCCGGGCCGCCCUCGGCCGCUGCCCAGCGAGAGUCGACAUAGGCCGCAGGCCAGGCGCGGGAGGCGGCGGAGACGCGGCGAUCGCCGAGUAGGGCCGAGCAGCAGGCCCGGGCGCGCGGGCAGCAGCCUCGCCAUGAACCCCAGGGGCCUGUUCCAGGACUUCAACCCGAGUAAGUUUCUCAUCUACGCCUGCCUGCUGCUCUUCUCGGUGCUGCUGCCCCUCCGCCUGGACGGCAUCAUCCAGUGGAGCUACUGGGCCGUCUUCGCCCCCAUAUGGCUGUGGAAGCUCCUGGUCAUCGCCGGUGCGUCGGUGGGCGCGGGCGUUUGGGCCCGAAACCCUCGCUACCGCGCCGAGGGGGAGGCGUGCGUGGAGUUCAAAGCUAUGUUGAUCGCCGUGGGCAUUCACCUGCUGCUGCUCAUGUUCGAAGUCCUGGUCUGCGACAGGGUGGAGAGGGGGACCCACUUCUGGCUGCUCGUCUUCAUGCCACUCUUUUUCGUAUCCCCCGUGUCCGUGGCCGCCUGCGUAUGGGGCUUCCGACACGAUAGAUCGCUGGAGCUGGAGCUCUUGUGCUCUGUCAACAUCCUGCAGUUCAUCUUCAUCGCCCUACGGCUGGACAGGAUUAUCCACUGGCCGUGGCUAGUGGUGUUCGUGCCUCUGUGGAUCCUCAUGUCGUUCCUUUGCCUGGUCGUCCUCUAUUACAUCGUCUGGUCCCUCCUGUUCUUGCGGUCCCUGGAUGUGGUUGCCGAACAGCGAAGAACACACGUGACCAUGGCCAUCAGCUGGAUAACGAUUGUCGUGCCCUUGCUCACUUUUGAGGUUCUGCUGGUUCACAGAUUGGAUGGGCACAAUACGUUCUCUUAUAUCUCCAUAUUUGUCCCCCUUUGGCUUUCAUUAAUAACGUUAAUGGCCACGACAUUUAGGCGAAAAGGGGGCAACCAUUGGUGGUUUGGUAUUCGCAAAGAUUUCUGUCAGUUUCUGCUUGAAAUUUUCCCAUUUUUAAGAGAAUAUGGGAACAUUUCGUAUGAUCUACAUCAUGAAGAUAGUGAAGAUGCCGAAGAAACAUCGGUUCCAGAAGUUCCUAAAAUCGCUCCAAUGUUUGGAAAGAAGGCCAGGGUAGUUAUAACCCAGAGCCCUGGAAAAUAUGUUCCCCCACCUCCCAAGCUUAAUAUUGAUAUGCCAGAUUAAACUUAUUUCCUAGAGAGUGCCCACAAGAGGAAUAGAAACCACACGCACACACACUCCACCUUACUUCUGCCUCUGUUUGUCCAUCCCAAAUCUAGAACUAAAAACAGGCUCUAAACAGGAUCAUCUCACGCCUCGUUUGAAAUUGACGCCUAUCGGUAACUCGUCAGCAUGUGCUGUAGCCGUAGGCUAUUUUCAUAUAUGGCUGUGUGUGUGUGUGGUGCGUGCGCAUGUGUGCGAGAACUUGCUUUCCAGGUCGGUGCUUAAGGAGCUAGCUGGGAGCAGGAAGUUGGAUUUGUUUUAGUAGGUCUUCAAAUGGGAUAACUGCACAGCUGGAGGUUUGUUAAGGAGCGCUAUAUAUAUCAAAAGUAUUGUUUUAAAAAGUAUUUUUAUACACUGCUAGCCCAAAAUUGUAUUUCAGAUUGUGCCUGUCGUGACAUAAUCAAUAGCAAAUGUAAAGAAUUCUCUUUCCCACCACUUGUUUAUAAACCUCAUAGUUGUUAUUUUUAGUGUUCCUACUGUUAAAAUAGUUUUUCCUUGGGCUUUGUUGAGACUGGUCUUUAAUAGCCUAAUAGACGGAUUUUCCUAAUGCAGUGACUCCAUGCAUACAUGGUAUUUAUGUGAAUAUUUUAGCAAUGUGAUAUGUUAUGUUGAAUUCUAGUUCUGUGCAGUACAAUGCAUUAUGUUAAAGUAUUUUUUUAAGUUUGUAUGUGAAGCUGUAUGUUUCCCGCAGAUGUCCUUAAAGAUUGCUUCGAACCUUAAUAUGUACCUGGUGUGGGAUGAUACCAAAGUACUAGGCAUGAAUAUAGGGAUUGAAAAUCUCAAGGAUCUUAACAUUCAGGUGUUAAAUGACUCGGUCAGCACAGUUUUAAGGUCUCUCUUAGAAGAAGCAGCCACCAUCCUUUGGGAACAGGUGACGUGCUCCAGCGUGGUGCCAGGCCAUAAAGUGACACUGUUAUUUAGCACCUUGAAUUUUUCCCACACAGGUAACCGUCUCUUCGGGAACAACCAAAAUAAGCAACAAGUGGUUGUCCAUUUCUAAGAAUCUUAGAACAUUAGUUGGCCAUAAUAUAAAGUAUUACUUGUCAUUGGAAAGUUCGAGAGAGUGGCUUUAACCAAAAAUGGCCCACAGGAUCAGGUAUUCUUUUAAGGUCCAAACUUUUUGAUGUGUCAGCAACAGAGAAAUAAUAGUUCAGGUUAUUUUCUAAAUAAGUACAAUGUUUCUUUAGGUACUGGAGAGGACAAAAACCAGAUCCUGGAAGAAGAACGUUCCUCUUCCUGAGAACAAAUAAAUAUUUUCAAAAGGAGGUUAAAAUGAAAAAGAAGAUUGGUAUUACUGGGGAGAACAGUGGAGGGAAUCCAUUUUUAUUAUUAGCAACUUAGUAGAAAUGAUCUCUCUUGGACUCCAUAUGAAUUAAGUAAAUAGUUUAAUUUCCUUGGUGAGGGAGCGUGCCAGCAGCAGAAUCCAGCCUUGGGCACCUGAAAGCCUAGGGGGGCUGCAGCUCAGUUUAAAGAGCCAGGACGAGCCAAAUUCACACACACACACUGCCAGUUUACACCAGCCGUGAGCAUGUGGGAAGCAGCCCUGAGCAGCAGUGGGUGUGACAUUUAUUUCUCAAAGAAGGAUUCAUUCAUUGAGUCUCUCAGAUAUUUAUUGAGGACCUACUCGGAGCCAGACAUGGUGCUAGGAAGUGCGGUACAUUAGAGAGCAACACAAAUGUGGCCCCUGCCUGCACACACACAGUGGACAAUUAAAAGUGCUCAGGACAGAGCCUACCUGGGGGAGGGAACAAGAGCAGGGUAUGCAAAAUGCCUGGAAGGAAGCUGCUGGCCUCAGGGUGACCUUCUCUGGGAACUUCAGGCCCCUCGGUUUUCAGGAGCCCGGUGCCCCGAGUUACCCCUCCACCCCCAAAUAAUAUCUCAAAGACAUUGACUUACGCUUGAGGAAGAUGAGGAGUGGAGGCACAGGCUGCUGGAGGGGUUGAAGGGCGGGUUUCAGGGCAGCAGUGGGAUCACCAGCCUCUCCUGGCUACAUUUUCAGGCCAGGGGGCUGUGGGCACCUGGAACAAUCCUAACCUGAUGGGUCGCUCUCCACAGUCAUCCAACCCAUCUUAUCUCCUCUGCCCCAAGGAUUUGGAGAGCCAGUGUCUGAAUGUGAUUACAAGCUUUCUCACCCAGACAGGUCAUCCGCUGUCAGACCUCUUUCCUGCCCCAAAACCAUUAAGGAAAAACAGCAGGAAUGACAGGUUGUAGAAUGUGGUUUAGUCUAUAAAAGUUAAUAUAAGCUCAGCUGUGCCUUGGGAUUUACCUAAUUGCCAUGCAACUCUGACUGUCCACAGUGUUUAGCGCGUGUCAAAUUCUGUAACUAGUUUGUUCUAUAAGAUGGUGUAUUAGUUUUUGCUGCAAAGCAACCUCAAAAAUCUCAGGGGCCUACAAUUACAAACUCGCGCUUUGGGGUCUGCAGGUUGGCUGCGGUGACUGUACUCCAGGCCGUGGAUCUGAUCGAAGUCUGCUCCACAGUGCGUUCCUUAGUCUCUUUUGGGUCCCAGGUGAAGGCAUAGCAAUCCCUGAGGCCCUUUCUUUCUCAUGGCAGAAGCACAAGAGGCCAAACCAAACCCUGCAAGCACAAAUAGAGCCCCUGCUCAUGUGUGACGUGUGAAAUGUACCUGUUCUGUUGGCCAAAACACAAGGCCACGCCCGCCCUCAGUGGGGUGAGCCAGUACACCGCCAAGGCACAGUGACACAGUCUGCACGCAUGCUGCAAGGUAGUUUUAAAGCCUGGAAAGGAAUCUCAAAAUUUGUGGUAGAUCAUGAAUUUUUUCCCCUCUGCUUUACAAACAUUCCAUCAUUUUUAAAAGUUAAUUGUUUAAUAUUGUAGUAAUAAUUAGAAGGGAAUCUGUUGGGGGAGGCCGGGGGCCUGGAGUGAGCUGGGGAAGAGUGUGUCUUGAGACGCAUCUGUAAACUGAGGAGAGGCCGAGGAGGCUCCGCGUGGGACAGCUGUGUGACAGUGCCGUCCUCCAAGGCCUUCUCUGGGCGGCUCUGCAGGAUGCUAGGAGAGGCCAAGCCUGGGCACAGGGAAACCAGCCAGGCAGGAGGAAGAAGCAGGGUCUAGAUAGGCCUCGGCAGCACGCUAGAUGAGGGAAGAAGCCGACCCUCCCAGCAAACGUGAGAAGGUGACAUUCCUGGCUCAGUAAAGGGAACUUGGGGGAUCCAGGGAGCUCGCAGACUGACGGGAAGGCUGACGUCAAGCUCAGCCAGCACGUAGGGGUCAAGGGAAGUUGUGCUGCCAGAAACGCAAGCAAGUUCGUACCGCAGGGACCGUUUGGUGUGAUGCUCCAGCUGGUUUCCCAUCCCUGGCCACGUGACACUGCCACCAAAAUAGAAAAUGCUACCAGUGUUGCCCCUGCUGCCAUGAGUAAUCCCUCAACUGUCUCUGCCAGGAGCUCAAGAUUAGAGUACCAGAAGGGGGGAUAUGACUGGGCAAACCUCAAAUAUGCAUCCUUCUGCGGCUUCCAGAACAGGAGAGGAGACUGUGUCUGCCUCCCUUAGCUCUAGCAGGAGGAAGUAGGACUCUGCUAAAACUCACUCAGUAGAGGAUUUGCCCGCAAAGGAAGGGUGUUCGGAUGCUGGGUUACCAAAGAUAAUGACAAAGUCACUACACCAAGUCCCUUGGCCAUCUGAAGUACAUUCUUCUUCCCACACUUACACUUCAGAAGUACUGCUUCCGUCCAGCAUAAUACAACCAGCCUCGCAACACAGGGUGGCUCCUCCCUUCCCUAAGGAGAGAGGAGAUCAUCCAAAGCUGCUUCAUCGAUCACUUCGUCCGACAUGCUGCAGCAGGUUGAAUGCAGGAGCAGAUGUGGGAAAGCAGCUGCCUUCUAUGAAGCCAGACGUUUAGAGGUUUGCAAAAUGCAAAACAAGGCCACUCUUCUACUUCCAAUUGUUUUUGUUUUGGAAAAUACGGUUAUUUUUCAUUUAAAAAAAGUUAAUAUGUAAUGGAUUUAUUGUUUUUAAAUGAAUUAAUAAAUA